GCUUCGGUCACACUGUUCUUGCUCUCUGUUUUUGUUGCUGAAUUGUCAAGUUUUCUAAUUGUAAAACAAUUAUAUUAUGUCGGCGCAAUACCAGCGCUUUUUGCGAGUACUUGAAAAGUGGCCAGCGGAGAAAUCGAAAGUCGGCAGCGGAGUGCGGACAGCAGAGCCGGCGGUCAAGAUGAGCGAGGCCAAGAUCAUAUCAGGCACAGCGGUGGCCAAAUCCAUUCGCGAGGAGCUGCAAAAUGAGGUGACAGCUAUGGGUAGGACCUCGGCGAACUUUGUGCCCGGACUGAGGAUCGUUCAGGUGGGCGGACGUGAGGACUCCAAUGUCUACAUCCGUAUGAAAAUCAAGGCGGCCACCGAAAUUGGCAUCGAAGCUGUCCACGUUAAGCUGCCCCGAUCCAUCACCGAGGUGGAGCUGCUCGAUAAGAUCAACGAGCUGAACGAUGAUCCUAGCGUCCAUGGAAUCAUUGUGCAGAUGCCCUUGGAUUGCGAUACCGCCAUCGAUUCGCAUCGGAUUACGGAUGCCGUGUCCCCCGAAAAGGAUGUCGACGGCCUGCAUACGGUCAACGAGGGUCGCUUGGCCAUCGGUGAUCAGGGUGGAUUCUUGCCCUGCACGCCCUGGGGCUGUUUGGAGCUGAUCCGUCGCAGCGGAGUGGAGAUAGCCGGUGCACGGGCAGUUGUCCUGGGUCGCAGCAAGAUCGUGGGAACCCCCGCUGCCGAACUGCUCAAGUGGGCCAAUGCCACGGUGACGGUUUGCCACUCGAAGACCCGCAAUAUUGACGAGAUUACCCGAAGUGCAGAUAUCCUUGUGGUUGGCAUUGGUGUGCCUGAGAUGGUCAAGGGAUCGUGGAUCAAGCCUGGAGCCGUGGUCAUUGAUUGUGGCAUCAAUGUGAAGCCAGACCCCACAAAAUCCAGUGGCACGCGGCUUGUGGGAGACGUAGAUUACGAGGAAGCCAAGCUGGUGGCUGGAUAUAUUACGCCAGUGCCCGGCGGCGUGGGACCCAUGACAGUGGCCAUGCUGAUGAAGAACACCGUGCGAUCGGCGGCCCGAGCUCUGGAGCGUCAUUUAAGUACCCAAUGGAGCCUGCAGCCACUGCCCAUUCAGCCCCUCCGUCCAGUGCCCAGUGACAUAGUGAUUGCCCGUGCCCAAAAACCUAAGGAUAUUGCUUGGCUGGCCAAGGAGAUUGGCUUGGAGGCGCGAGAGGUUUCCUUGUAUGGCAGCAAAAAGGCCAAGAUUUCGCUCUCGGUCCUGGAGCGACUGGCGGAUAAGGAGGCGGGCAACUAUGUUGUGGUGGCCGGCAUGACGCCAACACCUUUGGGAGAGGGUAAGACCACCACGUUGAUGGGCUUGGUCCAGGCUUUGGGAGCUCACAAGCUGAGAAACACCAUGGCAGCCUUAAGACAACCCUCCCAGGGACCCACAUUCGGCAUCAAGGGCGGAGCCGCUGGCGGUGGCUAUGCACAGGUGAUACCCAUGGAGGAGUUUAAUCUUCAUCUAACGGGCGAUAUCCAUGCGGUGUCUGCGGCCAAUAAUUUGCUGGCUGCCCAGUUGGACACUCGCAUCUUCCACGAGAAUACGCAGAAGGAUCAGGCUCUGUAUGAGCGAUUGGUUCCCCGGGUGAAGGGAGUCCGGAAGUUCAGUGCCAUUCAGCUGCGACGUCUGCAGAAACUAGGCAUCACCAAGACGGAUCCCGACUCACUCUCCGCGGAGGAGUAUGGUUCCUUUGCCCGCCUGGACAUCGAUCCGGAGACCAUCAUGUGGGAGCGUGUGGUCGAUAUCAAUGAUAGGUACCUGCGCACCAUAACCGUUGGCCAAUCGGCCACCGAGAAGGGGUUCUCUAGGGAGACCCGCUUCUCCAUCUCGGUAGCCAGUGAGAUCAUGGCCGUUCUGGCACUAUCCCGAUGCCUGGAGGACAUGAAGCAGCGGCUGGCCGAUAUGGUGGUGGCCUUUGACAAGGCGGGCAAACCCGUAACUGCCGAUGACCUAGGUGUAACUGGCGCCUUGGCUGUUCUCCUCAAGGACGCUCUGGAACCGAACCUGAUGCAGUCCCUUGAGGGUACUCCUGUCCUGGUUCAUGCCGGACCGUUCGCCAAUAUAGCCCACGGUUGCAACUCCAUUAUUGCCGACGAAAUCGGCCUGAAGCUGGUGGGCAAAGAUGGCUUCGUUUGCACAGAGGCUGGAUUCGGUUCGGACAUUGGCAUGGAGAAGUUCUGCAAUAUCAAGUGCCGCACUUCCGGACGCAAGCCCAAUGCCAUGGUGCUGGUGGCCACUGUUAGGGCUAUCAAGAUGCACGGUGGUGGAGCACCGGUCACUCCCGGAGCCCCCUUGAACAAGCAGUACACUGAAGAGAAUCUAGAACUGGUGCAGCAGGGUCUGCCCAAUCUUCUGCAGCACAUCUCCAAUGGCAGAGCCUUCGGCAUGCCCGUCGUGGUGAGCCUGAAUGCCCACUCAGCGGACACGCCCGCAGAGCACGAGCUGAUAAAGAAGGCGGCGUUGGAGGCUGGCGCUUUUGCCGCUGUGGUCUCCUCCCACUGGUCGGACGGAGGAGCUGGUGCCGUAGAGCUUGCCGACGCUGUGAUCAAGGCCUGCGAGAAGGGAAACAAUUUCAAACUGCUUUAUGACCUGGAUCUGCCGCUUGUGGACAAGAUGAACAAGAUCGCUACCACAAUGUAUGGAGCUGGCAGCGUGGUCCUCACACCGGCGGCUGAGGAGAAGGUUAAGCGGCUGACCCAGGCGGGCUUUGGUAAUCUGCCCAUCUGUAUGUCUAAGGUUUCGGGUUCAUUGACGGGCGAUGCCAAGAUCAAGGGUGCCCCGAAAAAUUUCUCCCUGAACGUAGAGGAUGUGUACGUUUCCGCCGGUGCAGGAUUUGUGGUGGCCAUGUGUGGAGAGGUCACCAAAAUGCCGGGACUCCCCACCCGCCCAGCCAUCUAUGACAUUGAUCUGAACACGAAGACCGGAGAAAUCGAGGGUCUGUUUUAAACUAAACUUUCAAGACAAGGGAAAUGCCUCAUUCCUGCUGAUUCCAAAAAUGUUUACACAUUUUUAAAUGCAUUCUUUUUUAGUCUAACA